GCCCGUUCGCCGCGGCCUUCCGGCGUUACCGCGGCAACGACGCCGCCGGCGCAGCGCGGAGCCCGGGCCCGGCCGCAGGAUGAUGCUCUCGCGGGCCAAGCCGGCCGUGGGGGGUACCCCGCCGUCGGGAGACAGGCGGAGGAAGAAAGGGAAGGAGGUGCCACAGUUGGAAGAACUCUUGGCCCAGAGGGACUUCACCGGCGCGAUCGCCUUGCUGGAGUUUAAACAGCACGUGGGUGAGGAGGAGGAGGAUGGCAACCUUUGGAUCGGAUACUGUGCGUUUCAUUUGGGCGACUACAAGAGAGCUCUGGAGGAAUAUGAGGCCUUAACCAAACAGCCAACUUGCAGUCCAGAUGUUUGGGUGAACCUUGGUUGUACGUACUUUUUUCUGGGGAUGUACACGCAAGCAGAACAAGCAGCUUUGAAAGCACCUAAGAGUGGUCUCCAGAACCGUUUACUCUUUCACCUGGCACAUAAGUUCAGUGAUGAAAAGAAACUGAUGAGCUCUCACCAGAACCUGCAAGAUGUUACAGAAGAUCAGCUUAGCCUGGCAUCUAUCCACUACAUGCGGUCCCACUACCAAGAAGCUAUUGAUAUCUACAAGCGCAUUCUGCUGGAUAAUCGGGAAUACCUGGCUCUGAAUGUAUAUGUGGCCCUGUGCUAUUACAAACUGGAUUACUAUGAUGUAUCACAGGAAGUGCUAGCUGUUUAUCUUCAGCAAGUUCCUGACAGCACCAUUGCUCUUAACCUUAAGGCUUGUAACCAUUUCCGACUUUACAAUGGAAAGGCUGCAGAGGCAGAGCUCAAGAACUUGACAGACAGUGCCUCAUCAUCUUUUGAGUUUGGCAAGGAGCUCAUUAAGCACAAUCUGGUAGUUUUCCGAGGAGGAGAAGGGGCUUUGCAAGUUCUACCUCCUCUGGUUGAUGUUAUUCCUGAGGCAAGACUGAAUCUUGUGAUUUACUAUCUCCAGCAAGAUGAUGUGCAGGAGGCUUAUAACCUGAUUAAGGACCUGGAACCUACAGCUCCACAGGAGUACAUCCUCAAAGGGGUGGUAAAUGCAGCACUUGGACAAGAAAUGGGCUCGAGAGAUCAUCUGAAAAUUGCUCAACAGUUCUUUCAGUUGGUGGGGGAAUCAGCCAGUGAAUGUGAUACCAUUCCAGGGAGACAGUGCAUGUCCUCCUGCUUCUUUCUUCUUAGACAAUUUCCUAAUGUCCUAAUUUACCUCAACUCAAUUAAGAGUUACUUCUACAACAAUGACACUUUUAACUUCAACUAUGCCCAAGCCAAAGCUGCAAUGGGCAAUUUUAGUGAAGCUGAGGAGGUGUUCCUUUUGAUCCAGAGUGAGAAGAUAAAAAGUGAUUUUGUUUACCUUAGCUGGCUGGCUCGCUGCUAUAUUAUGAAUAAGAAACCACAGCUAGCCUGGAAGCUCUAUCUGAAGAUGGAAACCUCAGCAGACUCCUUUAACCUAUUGCAGCUCAUUGCAAAUGAUUGUUACAAAAUGCGUCAGUUUUACUAUUCAGCCAAAGCCUUUGAUGUUCUGGAGAGACUGGACAAUAAUCCUGAAUACUGGGAAGGCAAGAGAGGUGCUUGUGUGGGUGUAUUUCAAAUGAUCUUAGCUGGCCGAGAAGCAAAAGAGACUCUGCGGGAAGUACUGCACCUUCUGAAGAGCACUGGUAAUUCUCAAGUAGAAUACAUUGUUCGCAUCAUGAAAAAGUGGGCCAAGGAGAACAGAGUCCCUGUUUGAGUCAAUGUCACAAAAUGAACCAGAGCAUGGAGACUUAUUUGACUGACGGUAUUGUUCAAUCUCACUUUGAAAUUUAACACUCAAAACAUUUAUGCAUGUUAAUGCAGUUCACAUGAUAACUUUAGCAAUCUGAUGGAUAAAAAGAUCUUUUGAAUUAUUUUCUUCAGCAUUUACCACCAAUCUGAGCAAUAUAUUCAUUAUACUUCUGGAUUUAUUAUACUCUACUGUAUUUUUAAGGAAAACAGUUCAGAGAAUACAUAAUUCUAAGAGAAGGCAACAGUUGUAACAUAAAAAUGUGUUAUAUAUUUGGUAGUAAAAAACAUUUGUAUAUUAUUUUUAAAAGGAAACUUUACAUUUUAUAAAUUUGUAAAAUACUUAAAGAAGUAUUUUUUUAUCCUUUGAGGGGAAUUCAGAAUACCAUAUUCUCUACUGUCUGCGCAUUGAUUAAAGCUCUUAUUUGAAUCUACAGUUGAAUGUUGGAUUGGUCUGUGUUGCUUCAUAUUGCAGAAGUUGAAAUAGUAUAUUCAUUUUGCUGUGGAAGAGGGCAGGUUUGUGGCUGAUUGUCAAGUGUAUGUUCAUUAAUCGGUCAAAGGCAAGCCAAUGGCCUUGGACCUAAUCUUAUGGUAGUUUGCUGAAACUAAGGCAGCUGUGUGUAUGUGAAACAUGCACAUCUUUCUGCAUACAAUGUGUCUGGUUUUAUUGCUUUAAGCAAAAAAAUGUGGGUAUGGUGGAUAUCUGGCGUCUAUAAGUACAGGGAUAGUUGUGACUACUUGCGCUUAAAUCUAGAAACUGAUCCAUCACACUAGCAACAAUAGGCCUUUUAGCAGGGGCAAUGUUACACUCAUUCAAAGGAAGGGUGAAAGGAGCAGCAUUCACUGAAAGCAGUUACAAAACACUUUACUAGUGAACAGCAUUUUUCUUUUCCAUCUCAGUUUAAUUAACUUGGAAACAGAUUAGGAUACAAUUAUGAAUCUUGGUACAAAGCUUCAAAAAGCUAUGUUGGUGACUUUGUAGCAGAUGUUAAAUGCAUCUAAUUACUUCCUUUAUUGAAGCUUACCCUGCAGGAGAGCUGAAGAGCAUCCAAAUCCAUUACAGACCAUUUUACAGGUUGGUUGAAUCUUCUGAAAUAAGCGUGAUGGCUUUGCAGCAUAAGGGCUUGGGGGCCAAUUUUAAAUUCUCUUGUCUGUGACCAGGGAAGAAGUUUUUUUUUAAAACCUCGCCUUUAUUUACUGUAGCCAUAAUGUCAUAUUUGAUAUGCUAAAUAACAUGGGGUUUAGCACAGUGCAUUUUAUUGGCUGACAAUAAAGCUUUUAUCAUUUAAGAUAUAACAGGGGACAGCAGAGCUUUGCCCUGAUGAUGAAAUUUUGAGCAGUGAUGAAAUAAGGUGUUUUACAUACUGUCAUUUAGGUCUUGGUAAUAGAACAAAUAUGUAGGUACUAUUAAAAUGCAGAACAAGGAAAGUACUGAAAACCUGGUGUUUAUUUUACCUUAGAAAUACAUCUAGAAUGUGUUCCAUUGUUUAAUCUGAGGUCAUGUUCAAAGAACAAAGAUGAGAAGUUGCUUUAGCUGAUACAGAAAUGAAAAGUAAUAAAGAAUAGAAAAAAAUUUAUCCCUGUCUGUUUCCAUAUUUCCCUAAACUGUGGAAAUUUAAGGAGUCAAGGUAUUCUAAACAGGAUGGCUAGGAGUGAAAGUAGAUGUGGAGGAAAACAAGAAAAGUGACCUACUCAGAGCAGGCAGUGAAGAAUGCAUGUGCAGAGUCAGGGAAAUGGGUAAAUUUAUUGGGUCAGGAGUAAGUGAAUAUGAAAUUGAAACAGUGGCAUUUCAGAUAAUGUAAUGAAAGGAAGACUAAGGCAGAAAGAAAUUGCUUCAUCAUUAUAAUUUCAAGGAAGAAUAUGGAAAUUAGACUUAUUUCCUAUACUCUGAAUAAGCAUCUGAUUCUGGAAAAAUAAGCUACCGAGAAUGCACAGAAGGUACUGUGCUAGCAAUCAUAGCAUUAAUAGAGAAAGCCAAAUCCCAAACAGUGUGUAACUGCUUUUAUUUGGGUGCUGACCAUUCCUGAUGGAUAAGAAUGUCAACCUUGAAUUAAACUUGUUAAUACCUGAACAACAGCUAUGACAGUAACAUCAAAGUGAAUUAAACUGCAGGUAGCAAGUUAACUGUGAAAGAAAAGUCAUGUCACAUUAUAGCCCUUGACUGUAGCAGACAUUUAGGUUUCGUGGUUCCCUCAGCUGGAAGCUAGUUCAUUGAUCUUCAUUAGAAAGCUGUCUUAGCUUGAAUGAGGAACUUGGCUAUUAGGUAGUCAGACACAAAGUAAACAAUUACUUAAAUGGCGGUUGCUACCUGUAGCUUCACUAUAUGGGAGCUAUACAUGCAUUGAAGAAAAUGUCUGGAUUUUGCCCACUGUUUACUGUUUAAUCAUUUUUCCUCUGUAUUGUCUCCAGAAGUAACUUCCACACACUCUUUUUGAAAUUUCAUGUACAAAUUUCCUUCUUCCCUUUUGAUCUAUUACAUGGUCAUUGAAUAAGUAGACAAUUGCAUUACUGUUACCAGUAACCUUAAAAUCAAGUCAUUAAUCAACUGCUAGAUAAGCUGGUCUGACACUACAGAGUGAAAGAUGGUAGAUUUCACCAGUGUUGAAUCCAAUAAGUAACUCAACUCACCAAAAAAUGUUUUUCAGAAAAAUUUAGAAGUGUUAAUUUGAAGAUGGAUAAUGGAAAAAUCAUAGUUUUAUUUUGAAAAUUAUUCAAAUGGUUAAAUCAUGUUUGCUUUUUUAGAAAUUAUACCUUAAUUCUAAAUUCAACUUGUUUAGCCUUUUUUUCUAAUAUUCUGUUCUUCCAAUGUUCAUCAUUGCUGUUGGCCAUUAAAGCCUGGCAUUCUUUG